GGAACGACCUCGGUAGGCCUGGGUCUACCUUUUUCCGGAGCUGAUGUCUCCACCCACCCAUCAAAGGAGCUCCGCCCCCUAGCCCUGCUGGCGCCUGGGGAUCAGGUGAUCGCCGCUGGCGCGGUCACGUGGUUGGGGCACGCCCGCCCGUUGUGGCCAUGGCGGCCGCAGGGUCCUCUGUGGUGAGGCGAGUGGAAGAGCUCGGGGACCUGGCUCAGGCCCAUAUACAGCAGCUAAGUGAAGCCGCCGGUGAAGACGAUCACUUUUUAAUUCGGGCCUCUGCAGCUUUAGAAAAAUUGAAGCUCCUAUGUGGCGAAGAGAAAGAAUGUUCAAAUCCAUCAAAUCUUCUAGAACUUUACACACAGGCUAUUUUGGAUAUGACCUAUUUUGAGGAGAACAAGCUAGUAGAUGAAGAUUUUCCAGAAGACUCUUCUUCGCAGAAAGUAAAAGAACUGAUCAGUUUUCUUUCAGAACCAGAAAUUUUGGUUAAAGAAAAUAGUAUGCACCCAAAACACAGCGAUUUGCUUGGGGAUGAGCUACUGGAAUGUCUCUCUUGGAGACGGGGAGCUCUACUGUAUAUGUAUUGUCAUUCUCUGACCAAAAGAAGAGAAUGGCUCUCUAGAAAAUCUGCUUUGCUUAAAAAGUACCUUGUUGAUGGAAUCAGUUAUUUGCUACAGAUGCUAAAUUAUAGGUGUCCUGUCCAGUUAAAUGAAGGAGUUGCUUUCCAAGACCUAGAUACAGCCAAGUUACUAAGUGCAGGAAUAUUUAGUGACAUUCAUUUGCUGGCUAUGAUGUAUAGUGGAGAAAUGUGUUACUGGGGAUUGAAGCUUUGUUCAGAGCAACAGCCAGAAAAUCAUGAAGUGGAUACUGAUGUUUCUGGAGCAAGCUGCACUACGUACAAAGAACCCUUGGAUUUCCGAGAAGUAGGAGAAAAAAUUUUGAUAAAGUAUGUAUCUGUGUGCGAAGGACCCCUGAAAGAACAAGAAUGGAAUACAACCAAUGCAAAACAAAUUUUAAACUUCUUUCAGCAUCCCUGUAACCAGUAAGUUUGUCUAGUUCUUUCCAAACAGGACAACAAAAAGAUCCAUGAAAUGCAAAAGAAGGAUCCCAAAAAGACGACAUCUUGACAGUGAAUUGAGAACCAUACACUACAUACAUAUCCAGCAUGGUUACCCUCUUUCAAUGCCAUAACCAUCUUUUAUUAUAUAUUCUUAAACCUGCGAAGGAAUGAUACUUUGAUUUCUAAAAUGGCGUGUAUAUUAACUCAGCUUGAACUACAGAUAUCCUGUCUCCAAUUCAGCUCUACAAAGAUUUUUUUUUCUAUUAGAUUAUUUUUUUAUUGUGAUAAAAUAUAUGUAACAUAAAAUUUACCAUUUUAACCAUCUUUGUUAUCUUUCAGUCUCCCUAUACGAAUUUUGCUUCAAAGAUCAAAAUCAAGUCACUUCUGUGCUUUGAAUUCAUACUGUGGGUAUAAAUGUGGCAAAAUGAAAGAUGGUGAUUAAUCUUUGAUUCCAUUUACAGUAAGCUAGAUAAUGAAAGACUCCACAAAGGAAAUAACAAUUUUUGUCAUGUAUUACUAAUUGAAUUUAAAAGUUUUACUUCUUAGAUGUUUUGUAAAAAUUUAAAAAUGAUUAUUCUACCUAAAAUAAGUACAUGGCUUCUCAAGUGAGAAAUGAAGAUGAAAACCAACUUAGUCUACUGUUAGUUCAUUUGCUUUUAGGAUACAUCUUUUUCUACUGUAUUGCAGUUUUACUGUUUUCUGUCUUUAAAGUAGGUUUGAGUGCUAAAGGCCAGAGAGCCUAACUUGUUAUCCUAUGGUCUUUCUACCUCAGUUCCAGUUGUAAUGAUUUGUCUCAUACUUUCUGAUAUUCUGGUCUUCUGCCAUAGUGACUUUAUCACAUUCCAGUGACAUACUCCCGUGGCCACCUUGAACAUCAGCAUCCUGAGUUUCUCUUUCUGAAAUGAAUUUUUUGUAACAUGACAAUUCUUUCUAGCAUCUUUGCUUUCUUAUUAUAGUUAGUUUCUUGAUUUCAAUUGUGUAGGUUUUGGCUUCUUCAUAACCUUUUUUCUUGACUGCUCCUCUUCUUCCUAAGCCAUGAUCCCCUUCCAGGUUUAUGGAGCUCUGUUUGAACCACUGUCACACGUUGUUGUGUCUUCCCGUCAUCCUUCAGCGUAGUCAUCCUGUAAACUGUUAUUAUCUGUCUUCCUUGGCCUGAGUUCUGCAGGAAGGGCAUGCUGUCCUUCAAGGUGGACUCAUCACAAGGAUCUUGCUUCAGCUUCAGAGGAGCCCUCGUAUAAGCCUUCUGGGUGUUCUCAGGCCACCUUGUCCCCCCUUAACCACUGUGACCCAGGCAAACUCUCUUUCCUCAGGCUCUGUUCCCCUCCCCAGUACAUGGCCUGUCCUGCCAUGCUGAAAAUGGAGUUUCUUAGAUGGACCAACACACAUGUACCAGUUUUAGAAGAAAGGAGGUUGCCUCUUCCUAUAGAAGGCCACUCUAUGCAUUUGGUUUCUUCUCGGCUAUCUCAUUUCCCUCGUGGCUUCUCAGUGUUUCCCACCUUUUAUAUAUUGAUCUGCACUAGGCUUCUGUCCUCCACCCUUCCCCUUUCCUUUUUUUAACUUUAAGUACUCUUCACAUGUGAUGCCAUUCAUAGACUUGGGUCUUUCUCUUUUUUUUCUGUUUUAAAGAUUUGUUUAUUUGAGAGGCAAAGUUACAGACAGAGAGGGAGAGAGAGGUCUUCCCUCUACUGGUUCACUCCCCAAAUGGCCACAAUGGCUCCAAUUGGGCCCAUCCAAAGCCAGGAGCCAGAAGCCAGGAGCCUCUUCCGGGUCUCCCAUGUGGGUGCAGGGGCCCAGGCACUUGGACCAUCUUCCACUGCUUUCCCAGGUCAUUAGCAGUGAGCUGGAUUGGAAGCAGAGCAGCCGAGAUUUGAACAGGCAGCCAUGUAGCAUGCCAGCUCCAGAGGCAGAGGUUUAACCUACUAUGCCACAGUGCCAGCCCCAGACUUGGGUCUUUCUACUACCCAAGAGUAUCAGGUUGACCCCCACAACUGUAACUUGAAUCCCAGCUUCUGUCUUGAUCUCUAAAUUUCUAACUGCCUAUUCAGUAGCUUCCGUUAGAUGUCUCAUAGUAAUUUGAAACUAUGUUUUCUACUUUUUGGGUCUUCUACAGAGCAGGCAACAUAGCCUCAUCUUUAUCAUCAUCCUGUGUGAUCAUCUUCUAGUUCAGUGUUACGCAGACAUUGAACACCAGGCUCCUUUUUGAUAAACAUACAAAUUCUUAUAGAGCCUUUGGAGCAAGGGGAAUCUCUCCCCAUUCCUGCCCUUGUUUAUCCUUAUACAGCCAAGAAGAUUUGUAUUUCAAUUAGCAUUUUAACAGGUUUUAUUAUGAAAAUAUCUUUGCUUUCUAAAUAUGAAGAUAUCAUUGAAAAAAUUUUUUAAAUUUAUUAUUCAAGAGGCAAAGAGAUAGAAUAGAAUUUCCAUCCAUUGGUUAACUCCCCAGAUGCCUGCAAUGUCUGGGACUUGGCCAGGGCCAAAUUCAGGAUCUCGAAACUCAAUCCAGGUCCCUCAUGGGUUAACAGUAAUUUAGUUAUUUACCACUGCACCCCAGGAUCUGCCGUAGCAGAAAGCUGGAGUCAGGGGCCAGAACUGGGACUUGAACCCCAGUAUUCCACUCUAGGAGUACUUAAUUGAUCUCUUAACCGUUAGGCUAAACUCUUUUACCCCUUUAGAUCCUUUUAAACAUGGUCUUUAGAAUCACAAACUGUCAAUUAAGUACUCCAAGUUCCUUCCUCAAAUGUGCCUGUGUUUUUUCAAAUUCAAUAAAUACCCUUGCAGAUGUCAUUAUUUCUGCACCUUUCUUUGCUGCCAAGUGAGUACUUGCUCUUUUUAGGACUCAGCUUCAGUGAAAUUGUGUCUGUAGGCUCUUUCAAUCUUAGAUGCUCCGCAAUCUGUUCCCUCAGUCUUCCUCUCCCAAGUUAUUAGACUGAUCACAUUGCUUUGUAAUUACUUUCCUUACAGUUGGUGAACUCCGUAUUUUAAAAAUUUACCUUUAUAUACAAUACUUUAUGCAUAGUGGGCACUUAGUACUGUGUGUGUGUGCGUGUGUGUGUGUUUUAAUUAAAGAGGAAUGAAUGAUUCAAAGUGCCAAACUGCACAAAAAUGUUGCUGCUUUUGGAUUCCAUACUGCCAUACCUGACAAGGCAACCACGGAUCUAUAUAGCCCUCAGUGGCUGACAGGGCGAAAAGAGAUCAAACAACCCUCAGAGGAGCCCUAGAUUACUUAGAUUCCGAAUCUGAGAAAGCAAGAACUACUUUGCAAAAACUAGUAACUUGGUUUUUGCCUUUAUGAUCCUUGUGGACGUUUGGAUUUCAGUUACAAUCCACUGGUUCAGUGAGUUGGUGCAGUUUUGAGGGUUCUACUGGGUGCUUUUUGUAUAACUUUCCAUCCCUCAAACAACUGACAACAUUUAUAGACCAUAACAGUUAGUAAUAUAAUGCUUUUUACUCUGGUGCAUUGUAAGACAAUGAACAAUACAUCUUUGUGUGAGAUAAAGCCCACUAAGUAAAUUAUUUGAUUUAGAAUGAGUAAUCUCAAGAUACCAAAUAUUCAGCCUAAAGAAAGUAUUAACAGUUCUUCAAAAAUUGUGUGCCUGCCAGGUGCCAGAUUUUGUCCUAGGCCCUGAGGAAAUACUGGUAGCUUUGUAAAACACUUUUCUCCUUCAGAGCUUGCAUUUUAGUGGAGGACAUUUGACUAUUUUGAGAAAUCCAUGUAUUACAUGUCAAGUGAUGAGUGCCAUGAAGAAGAAUAAAACAGGCUAAGGGGCCCCAGUGGUGCAGGACUGGUGCUGUUUUAUUUAGAGAGGUUGUUGGCUGCAUUAGCAUUUGUGUCUUCAAAUUCCACUCCCUAGGUCAAAUGCCUUGCAUUUUCACUACAUUUGUGGUUUUUCUCUGUUAUGGAGGUUCAAAUACUGAAUUAAGGAAUAAGUCACUAAAGCCCACAUCAUUUUGGUUACAUUUUAAAGGAAUUCUCUCCAGUGUGUGCUUUGCUAAUAGGUGACUGAUAACCAGAAGGCCAUGCUGUGUUUCUUAUACUUGGUCUCUCUCUCUUCAGUUUGAAUUCUCUGAGGGUUACUAAAACUUAAACUCUGUUAAAGGACUUUUCACGAUCCUUAAAUUUGUAUUGUUCUUUCCCAAACUGGAUUUUCUGAAACUACCUAGGCUUUGAAACUCAGUUAGAGCUCUGCCUGCUUUGCUGCACUGAUAGGGAUUCUGACUGCUGUUUGAUCCUGAUGAAGGUGAAAAAUCAUGACUGAGGACUUUUCGUUAUCCCUUUGUGUACGGUAGAGUGAGGUGAGAAUCAGAGCCAAAACCCCACAAUGAAAUUACAUUCCUGGUUUCACAGCGCCAUUGUGAGUUCUCUGGUGUGCAUUCACAGUACACACAGUGAGCUCUGUCUGUCUGCAGGCUAUCCCAGUUUCAUUUUAAUGGCAAUUGAAAAACCCCACAGCUAGAUGACAUGAUAGGUUUAGAUUGCUUGUCUUUCUCCAUGUUUUGGGGCCCCUUUGCUGGCUCCAAUAAGGGUGCCCCAACUGCCACAGAAUCCAGGAUUCUAUACUUUUCUCCCAUUUCCCUGUAUAUUCAUUUUAAAUACAAUAUGGGAUGAGACCAUGUUAUGGAAGUAUUAACAUACAUUUAAUAUAGCCACAAUUGAAGUAUGUAAUAUGUAUUCUUGUUGGUGUUCUUUAUUGUUUUUGUUUUUCCUACUUGUGAAAAUUUCCAAGUAAAAUGUUUUAGAACCUACACAUUAAAAAAAAUAAUAAAACCAUGUUUCUCUUA